GCGAGAGAUACACACGCGCGGUACUACAACCCACUAUAAAACGAAACCUCCAUUUAAUUUAAAAAUAAACGAUAAGACCCCGGCGCAUCUAAUCCCGGUUCUAUCUCCGGCCGUAAGCAAUCUGUGAUAGUGUUCCGAAUUCGAAUUUGACUUUUGCGAGUGCUGUCAAUGACAUACUAGUGAUCGAAGUUUAUGAAUGGAGUAUUGGAUGUGACGUCAUGCGCAGUGUUGUGACCCGAGUGCUGCACGGUUCGGUGGGUGGACAUUCGAUGACAAUGUGCGAUCAUUAGACUAGAAAGAAUGUGGAUUAUGGGCGUCAUGGUGUUGCUGGCGGCGCCGGCGCUGGGCGAGUGGCCGUGCCCGCGGCUGAGCGCGCGCCCGGCGGCGGAGUGCUCCUGCGACCUGCCGCACACGCUGCGCUGCGCCGGCGACCACACAGCGCUGCAGAUCAUCGGCCGCCAUCUUCGAGAACAGAAGGCUAAGAACAAGAACAGCACAGUGUCGCUCCUGGACUGCGCGCUGCGAGGUGUGACGUCACUAUCUUCAGUCUCAGUGGCGGAGCUAGCUGGCGUGGGCCUACACGGGCUGGUUAUAUCGUCAGGAGACAUAAAGAGGGUCCAGCAGGGCGCCUUCAGUAGCAUAUCGUCCACUCUGUUAGCUUUAGGUUUGCCAAACAAUCAGCUGCCGACGGUACCCACGGAGGCCCUCGUCCAACUCAAUUAUUUAGAUCGCCUGGACCUUUCGAAUAAUAAAAUACAUAUCCUGGAUUCCAAUUCAUUCAAGGGCAUCCAAAACGUAGCCUAUCUGGACAUAAGUGACAACCAGCUGACGACCAUAUCUCCGGACGCGCUGAAACCACUCGCCAAAUUAACCGUGCUGAGGCUCAGGGGCAAUUUGCUGAAAGUACCAGCACUGACAGCUUUAAAGGAAGCCCACUUCCUACGUGAGCUGGAUGUGUCGAGCAACGCCCUGGAGGGUCCAGUGGGGCCCUCCACCGUGCCCAGCCUCAGCUACCUGGAGACGCUCCAUCUCGCCGACAACACAUUCGCCAGCAUACGCCGGGGUGCACUAGCAGGUCUAACGAAUCUAACUCAUUUGAAUCUCCACAACAAUCAAAUCGACGUUCUCGAGGACUUCGCGUUCAAACACCUCGCCAAUCUGUCUCACUUGGACCUGUCCCAUAAUGAAAUUGUAGCCGUAUCGGGUGCCUCUCUGGCCCAACUCGUGAACCUCACACACCUGGACUUAUCACACAACUUCCUCCGUUCUCUCUCCGCUGAGCCGCUAAGGUCCCUACACCGAUUGACAGAGCUGCUGCUACAUGACAACGACAUAUCGAUGAUAGAAGACGGAGCCCUCACACUGCAUAAGGAUUUGUUGAGAUUCACUAUUGAAGAUAAUCCACUUAAUUGCGAUUGUCUAAUGGCCGGCUUUGCGAGGUGGUUGCGGGACGCAAAAAACCUCUCCCAAAGUGAUAAAUCAGUGGCGGUCUGCGCGACGCCACCUCAUUUGGAGGGCGCUCUGCUCUCCCGGAUAUCGAAGAAUAAAUUGUGCGACGACGAACAUGUCGAGACGAAACUAAUGGACGACGUAAAUUAUAAUUACGACAAGGUCAUAGAGAACGCGCUGGAGACGAGAGAUAAGGAGUACGGGAUGGACGACGACUUGUACGACGAGGAGUUGGAUAUGCCGACUGAGGAGGAUCUGCCGCUGUCUAAGUCAAAGGUCCGUCUAUUAGACGCCUGGUAUGAUGAUGAAGAGGUGCACCUAUCCUGGGCGCUAGACCCAGUUUCUACUAGACGAUAUCGCUGCACUGACGUCACAGCCUCGAAGGGCGGAGGCCUACCCAAGCACGUGGCCUGCCAUAGGGCGCCGCCGGCCAACGUCAUACUUAGGGGCCUGAAAAUUGACCCGGCGGAGAAAUAUACGUUCUGUAUAGGUCUAGAGGAGAUGGAUGACGACGAUAUACCCAUGGCGCUGGUCCUGGACUGUGGUGCACCGCAGCUCGUGCGACAGCGAGCGGCGUUCGUCACCACCAGAGCCACCACCCUACCCAGCAUACCCAGUAGGGAACACUUAAGGGUAUCGGAAGUUCGGUCCAACGUGACCACGGAUGGCCUCCUCACCGUUCUCGUCUCGGUGAUGGGUCUACCGCUAUCGAAAUCACAAUUCUCGUUGCCCCGAUCUCAGCGAUUGUCCGGCGAGAAGUUCGCACAUAACUGCUACGUCGUCGUCGCGGUCCUGUCCCGGGGGUCCUUAGUGGCCCAAAAGGACACUCCGUGUCAGGAAACUUUGCAAAUAUCCAUGGAAGGAUUCAUACGGGGCCCCUACGAAGUUUUCUUCAAAAGAUGUGAACUGACUCGGGAGCUCUUAAAGAUUAAUUUCCACCAAAAAACGUUCCUCAGCAAUUGGGUAUGUCUUAUAGAACAGGAAAGUGACAGGAACACCGCAGCGCAUGUUGUGAAAUCGCCCAGGAAACAAUACUAUGGUUUAUUUCAAAUAGGAAGCGAAUGGUGUAAGGAGGGACGGAAGGGCGGAAGAUGUAAUGUGGCGUGCGAAUCUCUCCUGGAUGAUGACAUAAGAGACGACAGCGCGUGCGCACUGCAAAUAUUCGAGGCGGAAGGUUUCAAGUAUUGGACGAAGUGGGAGUCGCGGUGUAAAGGAGCUGAGCGAUUACCUGAUAUAGAGAAGUGUCCAGAUUGGCAGCAUCCGCCCUCAAGGGCAUCACCAGAGAGAAUGAAAAGAGCGCCACGUGUCAUAGCAAGCCCAUACGAUGUUUUCUUCAGAAGAUUGACUGAUAAAGUAUAGAUAGCAAUGUUAAAUAUUUUGGUAGUUAAUAAAAUAUUUGUUAGUGAUAAGGUGA